GCCGACACGACAGAAGGCUCGCGGGACUUUUUCUCUUCCUCUUCUUCUCGCGCGUCCAUUGAUCGUCGCGGAUUUUCACUUUGACCUUUUUACGCGAUUGCAUGGGGCCGCCCAUGACUUCUAUUCUCGUCCUCGUGAUUUUCAUCGCCUUUCUAAAAUACGCGGGGAGAACGUACGGCCGCUGGCCUUUAUAGUGCACGACAGCGUUUAAUGGGAAUUUUUUUCUCCCAAGUAGCAUCGUCAGAUGUUGAAAUUUAACUUUAAAUAAAGUCAAGGGAGAUAUGACAACGAAGAUGGCUUUUGAUCCUAGAAAUGUGAAAUAUCCAUCGGAUUUGCACCAUUCGCAGAGUAUAACUUCUUAUCCGUACGCCAACCAUCAUGUCAUUCAAUCGAUUCAGCGAACGGAUGAAAACAGAAAUGAAAAUCAUUGCAACAACAAGGAAAUGUGCUCGACCUCGUCUCAGCAAACCUCUAGUACACAAACGAUUCAAAAAGUCGAUGCUGCCACUAUGACGGACCCCCUACAGAUAGACUUUCGACUAACCUCUGAAUACUUGGCUCGCUGUUCCAAUACACUUGGAUUGCCCUACGUUUGCAAAUACGAAGACAAUAGCAAUAACUCUUCGAUACACAACUGCCAGGAUGUUCGACCAAAGAUUGAAUACGAUCUAGAACCACAGCGAAUCAAUGGCAUGCUGAUUUACCACUGCCCAGAAUGUGCGUACCGUUUCGAGGACCGCGAGACACUACAGGAGCAUCUCGAGGAUCACAAACAGCGCCCGCACGUAUGCGACAUUUGCGGAGCAAGCCUCAAGCGGAAGGAGCACCUCGACAGGCACAAGCAGGGUCACAACAAGGACAGGCCCUAUCAGUGCAGCACCUGCUGCAAGGCUUUCAAGCGCAACGAGCAUCUCGCGCGCCACAUGGUCAUCCACUCGGGCAGUAAGAACCAGGUGUGCACGGAGUGUGGCAAGGCCUUCUACAGAAAGGAUCACCUGAAGAAACACCUCCAGAGUCACGGGAGCAGCGCCAAGAGCAAGAGCCCGAGUAACUCGCAAAGCGGCGUGACUGGUGCCAGUGGCGGCAGCGGCAGCCAGAACAACAAUCACGAAGAAGGUUUAAGCACCUUCGCCAUGAUGAUGAGGCAGGCUGGACCUCCUCCCUUUUCGAUUUUGCGAACCUAAAGUGACGAGCGUUAAGGCCCUUCCGGGCUCCCAUCCCUCGUCCUCGUUACACUCACUGUCCUAAACUCACUCUGAUUUCCUCGACUCGACUCCAAUCCGUUACCGAUUCCAUUCUACGCGAUAGAGAUAAACGAGUCGCCAGUGAUUGCUCUCGGAGAACAUGCGUUUUGUUUUUUUACUCUCGCGAGCUCGACGCGACACAUUUCGAAUUAAUCGAUGCGAGGGACUUUGAUAAUCCAAUGCCGUUCGCUCGGAUAACACUUGCGCUUAAAAGUAAUCGAGUCCAUUCAUAAUUUUUCUUAUGGAAAAUUGUGGACCUAAUGGAAAAUAUUUGACAUCGGCAUAAAGGACUUUGUAUAGUCGGCCUUUAAUGCAACUAUCAAAGUACAUAUAAACUAAUUAUGCGACAAAGUCUCAGCGAUAUUAAUGGAUAAAUCGAUGAAACUUGGAUGUUUUAAAGUG